AUGGCUGGGAAUUCAAUCUUGCUGGCUGCUGUCUCUGUCUUCCCUGUCUGUCAGCAAAGUUAUUUUGCUUUGCAGGUAGGAAAGGCAAGAUUAAAAUACAAAAUUAUGCCCUUGGCAGUCUCUGGGUCACCAGAGUUUGACAGAAUAUUUCAUGCACAUUUUUGCUACUUUUCUGGGUCAGCUGUACCUCUAUGCCCAUCACCAGUAUAUCUGGGGAUAUUCAGAAGCUGCUAA